ACUGUUGAUGAAAUUGCUUCAGCUUGGGGAUUCAAGUCUGAUCUUGACAAGCUGAAGCGUAAUGUUGACCUCAUCAAAGCUUUCCUGCAUGAUGCCGAGAAGAGGCAAACUGAUGACGACGGUGUUCGUCAUUGGCUUUUAAUUCUUACUGAAGUUGUGUAUGCUGCCGAUGACUUGUUCGAUGAGUUCAUUACUGUUGCAACUCGGAAACAGCUGAACGGUGGGAACAAAUUCAGCAAUGAGGUACACACUUUUUUUUCCCGUUAUAAUCAGAUUGCAUAUGCUCAUAGAAUUGCUCGUAAGAUUAAAGUCAUUAGGGAAGAGAUUGAAGGCAUAGUUAAACAAGGAAACGACUUGAAGUUGGUAAGCCAGUCUUAUGUGGAAGGGAGAGUGAUCACUAAGAGGAGAGAUCAGAGUUAUUCAUUUGUUGAGGCUAAUCAAGUUAUUGGUAGAGAUGCUGACAAGAAUGCCAUUUUAGACUUAUUGCUUGCAUCAUCGUCUUCUGGUAACGAUGAGCAUGAGCAUGAGCAGAGUGUGCUCCCUGUAAUUGUAAUUGUAGGAAUGGGGGGUUUGGGUAAGACGGCUUUAGCUCAAUACAUCUAUAACGAUCCUUCAAUUGAUGAGUUCUUUGAGUUGAAGUUAUGGGUGUGUGUAUCAGAUGUGUUUGAUGUCAAGGAAAUCACUGAGAAGAUUCUCAAAUCUGUAACCAAUUCAGAAACUCCGAAGUUAGAGAUGGAUCAGUUACAGAGUAGAUUGCGAAAUGAAAUUGGUGAUAAGAAAUACUUUCUUGUUCUGGACGAUGUGUGGAAUGACAGUCGCGAGGAGUGGCUAAAGAUGAGAGCUCUUUUAAAGACUGGCAGGAAAGGGAGUAAGAUUCUAGUAACUACCCGCUGGAGUAAGGUGGCAACAGUAAUGUGCACAUUUCCUAUUCCUCCUUAUGAUUUACAAGGUCUAUCGAAAGAGAAGUCGUGGGAAUUGUUUGAAAAGCUUGCAUUUACGCCUGGGCAAGCUCAACGGAUGCCACACCUUGUUGACAUUGGGAAGGAGAUGGUUCGAAAGUGUGCCAAUGUCCCGUUGGCCAUAAGAAUAGUAGGGAGCAUUCUUUAUGGUGAAGAUGAAAGCAAGUGGUUGUCAAUUAGAGAUAAAAAUCUUUCAAAACUAUCCGAUAAGCAAAAAAACAUCAUGGACAUUCUCAAGAUUAGCUACCAUCAUCUUGCUUCACCAUUGAAAAAUUGUUUUGCUUAUUGUGCUUUGUUUCCCAAAGACUAUAAUUUCAACAAAGAUGUGUUGAUAAAUCUUUGGAUGGCUGAGGGAUUCAUUGUUCUUGCUGCUGAUGAAAGUAUGAGUCUUGAAGAGUUUGGCGAGGAGUAUUUUCUUACUUUAUUGCAAAGAGGAUUGUUCCAAGAUGUCCAAAAGGAUGAAUGGGGAUGCAUUGAAAGUUGCAAAAUGCAUGACUUUAUCCAUGAUCUAGCUCAAGAUGUAGCCAAGCCCAAGUGCUUAGUCAUAAAAGCCGACCAGAGUUUCGAUCAGAACAGCAUUUACCACUUAUCUUUUGCUUUUCGUUUGAAUUUUCAGAGGACUAUUCCAUUCACAGUGCUGAGCUUGAGACGGCUAAGGACGUUAUUAUUGCCACAACAACGAAGUGACGAAUCCACCUUCGGCAAAUGCCAACAUAUGAUAUCAAAGUUAACCUACUUGCGGGUGCUGGAUUUGCAUGCCCUUGGAUUAAAAAAUCUACCUGGUUCAAUAGGUAAAUUGAUUCACUUAAGAUAUCUCAACCUCUCCUCAAACCCUUUUAGAGUCCUCCCUGAUUCAAUCACUGAACUUCACAACUUGCAGACUUUAAAUCUAAACAAUUGUAGAAUGCUUUUUAAAUUACCCUCAAAUAUAAAAAAAACUGGUCAAUUUAAGAACUCUUGAUAA